CCCCUCCCCUCUUCCAGCGUCCAGAGCCCCCCUGACCUGGGCUUCGAGGUGAUCAGCGACCAAGAGGUGGCCGAAAUCCAGGAGGCCUAUGCCUUGGGGGGGCUGGUGGCGGUGGCGGACCGCGUAGAGGGCAGCCUGGAGGCCCUUUGGAGCACCCAUGUGGACCUGGCCCUCGUCGUGGAGGAAGGGGAGAAGGAGGGGGCCACCCUGCUGAAGGACCUGUGGGGGGUGGAAGCGGAGUCCCCCCCAGAGACCCCCGCUCCACACCCGUUUCCAGGCUACCCUAACGUGACCCUCUGGGAGCUCCCAUUGUGUGACCCGAAGGCUGUGGACGUGGCCCGCUUCGACGCUGUCCUGCUCCUGUCCUCGGGGCCCUUUGGGGAGGGUCUGCUCCACCUGGCGAAUGUGGCGACCGCCCGAGGAAAGCCCUGCUUCUUCAUCUGCUUGGGGGUGGACAGCCACCUGAAUGCCUUGCAAGACAAAAAGGCAAAGGAGGAUGAAGAGGAGAAGGAAGAUGCUCUCUUGGCGGGGCUCCGGGUCAAGUGCCGCUCCCGCCUGACCCAAGCGGGGAUCCCCGCGGCAGAGGCGCCUCUCUUCCUGUUCAGCGGAUGGCAGUCCCGCCACUCAGACCUCCCGGCCUUGGAGGAGGCGCUGGAGCGAGGGCUCCCGGGACACAAAGGCCAGGCUCUGCUCCUGGCGCUGCCCUGCACCUCCCUGGCCCUGGCUGAGCGCAAGCGGCAGGCCUUGCACCGCGAAGCCUGGAAGGUGGCUCUGCUGUCCAGUCUGGUGGCCACCGUCCCUCUGCCAGGACUGGCCUCCGCCUGCGACGUCCCGCUCUUGCUGCGCACACUGUCCUCGUACCGACGGAGCCUCGGCUUGGAUGCCGCCUCGCUGGCCCGCCUCUCUGUCCGCUCGGGAGUCCCACUGCCUCUGCUGCGGAGAGAGGUGCACAGUGCCGUGGGGCGUGGAGUCAGCCAGGAGGCGGUGGAGGGGCUGCUGGCGGGGCAAGGGCCGGGGCACGCGGGGCUGGCCCUGGCCCACCUCCUGGCCCACCGCCUUCCCAUCUGCGGGGCCCUGGCCUCGGGCGGCCUCUCCUUCCACGCCACCUACGCCCUGCUGGGCCACUGCCUGGAAGAGAUGGCCGACGACGCCCAGCGCCUCCUCAGCAGAGCCUGGCAGGGCAGCAGCAGUGUGGGGACUGAGGUGGGUCACCCACCAAUGUGAUCCUUCCUGCAGCACAGGCAGAC